CAAGACCCCCGCGAGCUCCCCUCCGGGCUGUCCGGAGAGCCACCCUUUGGCUCGCCAGGUCUGUAGGUCGCCGCGGUAGCCGGGAGGGAAACCCGUCGUCGCGGAAACAGGGAGACUCGAGGCGGGAGCCCCAACCAACCAUCAUUUUCCGGGACUUCGGAACUAGAACAGUGAGGCGGAGCCCGGGACCUGACUGACACCUCUCCCUGCUCUCCGGCUGUCGCGAGGCUUGGGUACGCGUGGAGCCCCGGGGGCCGACGGGAGCGGCGCCGCGCCGAAGAGGGCCAAGAUGGCGGCGGCAGCGGCUUCGUUCGGCAGGGCGGUGCUGGGCCCGCGGGGCUCGGGGCUCCCGAGCGCGUGUGCCCGGGGUCUGCUGUGCGGCGCGCGGCCCGGGCAGCUGCCGCUGCGGACUCCUCAGGCAGUGUCCUUGUCGUCGAGGUCUGGCCUUUCCCGCGGUCGGAAGGUGAUGCUGUCAGCGCUGGGCAUGCUGGCGGCUGGGGGUGCAGGGCUGGCCAUGGCUCUGCAUUCUGCUGUGAAUGCUAGUGACUUGGAGCUGCACCCCCCCAGCUAUCCCUGGUCCCACCGUGGCCUUCUGUCUUCCUUGGACCACACCAGCAUCCGGAGGGGCUUCCAGGUAUACAAGCAAGUGUGCUCCUCCUGCCACAGCAUGGACUACGUGGCUUACCGCCACCUGGUGGGCGUGUGCUACACGGAGGAGGAAGCUAAGGCCCUGGCAGAGGAGGUGGAGGUUCAGGACGGCCCCAAUGAGGAUGGGGAGAUGUUCAUGCGUCCAGGGAAGCUGUCUGACUACUUCCCCAAACCAUACCCCAACCCUGAGGCCGCCCGAGCUGCUAACAAUGGAGCAUUGCCCCCUGACCUCAGCUACAUCGUUCGAGCUAGGCAUGGUGGUGAGGACUACGUCUUCUCCCUGCUCACGGGCUACUGUGAGCCACCCACUGGGGUGUCACUACGAGAAGGUCUCUAUUUCAAUCCCUACUUCCCUGGACAGGCCAUCGGUAUGGCCCCACCCAUCUACACUGACGUCUUGGAGUUUGAUGAUGGUACCCCAGCUACCAUGUCCCAGGUAGCCAAAGAUGUGUGCACCUUCCUGCGCUGGGCAUCUGAGCCAGAACAUGACCAUCGCAAACGCAUGGGGCUCAAGAUGUUGAUGAUGAUGGGCUUGCUGCUACCCCUGGUCUAUGCCAUGAAGCGGCAUAAGUGGUCAGUACUGAAGAGUCGGAAGCUGGCAUAUCGGCCACCCAAGUGACCCCUUCCAAUGACUGCUUGUCAUCCUGCCUGAACAGGCCCUCAAGCAUCCUGGGCCUGUUCAGGCCUCAGCCGGCCACUCAGCUAAGGCCCUCUUCGUCUGGGACAAGAGGGGAGGGGGCAGGAGGCCAGGCUCUAAGUCCAGAUCCUCCUUCCCCCACCAUGGGAAUAAAUUAAAGUUUCUCAACAUA